GCACCGGGCACCGCGGCGGGCGGACGGGCGACGGGCGGCAUGGGGGGCGCUCGGAGCGGCCCCGGCGGCCGAGCCGGUACCACCGCGGCGUCCCUCCGCUAGAGGAGGGACCAAGCCAAUUCUCCUUUGCAGCAAAAAAUUGCAUGUAUAUAUUACUAAGAUAAUAUAUACAUCGGAUUUUAUUUUUUAAAAAAAGUUUAUUUUGCUCCAUUUUUGAAAAAUCAGUGUGGGUGGGGAGCGGUUUUUAUAAAUUAUCCUUAUUUUCUGUUAUUUGUCCCUGUCCCUCCCCACCCCCUGCUGAAUCUAGAAUCAGGGCAGGGACCGCGGCUCCUACCCAUCUGUAACCCCCUUAACCCAUUCCUCCCCCGCCCUAACGUCCAGCACGGUGCCCUGCACACAGUAGGCGCUCAAUAAAUGUUCGUGGAUGAUGAUGAUGAUGAUGAUGAAAAAAAUGCAGCAUCAACGGCAGCAGCAAGCGGACCACGCGAACGAGGCAAACUAUGCAAGAGGCUCCAGACUCCCUCUUUCUGGUGAAGGACCAACUUCUCAGCCGAACAGCUCCAAGCAAACUGUCCUGUCUUGGCAAGCUGCAAUCGAUGCUGCAAGACAGGCCAAGGCUGCCCAAACUAUGAGCACCUCUGCACCCCCACCUGUAGGAUCUCUCUCCCAAAGAAAACGUCAGCAAUACGCCAAGAGCAAAAAACAGGGUAACUCGUCUAACAGCCGACCUGCCCGCGCCCUUUUCUGUUUAUCACUCAAUAACCCCAUCCGAAGAGCCUGCAUCAGUAUAGUGGAAUGGAAACCAUUUGACAUAUUUAUAUUAUUGGCUAUUUUUGCCAAUUGUGUGGCCUUAGCUAUUUACAUCCCAUUCCCUGAAGAUGAUUCUAAUUCAACAAAUCAUAACUUGGAAAAAGUAGAAUAUGCCUUCCUGAUUAUUUUUACAGUCGAGACAUUUUUGAAGAUUAUAGCAUAUGGAUUACUGCUGCAUCCAAAUGCUUAUGUUAGGAAUGGAUGGAAUUUACUGGAUUUUGUUAUAGUAAUAGUAGGAUUAUUUAGUGUAAUUUUGGAACAAUUAACCAAAGAAACAGAAGGCGGGAACCACUCUAGCGGCAAAUCAGGAGGCUUUGAUGUCAAAGCCCUCCGUGCCUUUCGAGUGUUACGACCACUUCGACUAGUAUCAGGAGUGCCCAGUUUACAAGUUGUCCUGAACUCCAUAAUAAAAGCCAUGGUUCCCCUCCUUCACAUAGCCCUUUUGGUAUUAUUUGUAAUCAUAAUCUAUGCUAUUAUAGGAUUGGAACUUUUUAUUGGAAAAAUGCACAAAACAUGUUUUUUUGCUGAUUCAGAUAUCGUAGCUGAAGAGGACCCAGCUCCAUGUGCGUUCUCAGGGAAUGGACGCCAGUGUACUGCCAAUGGCACAGAAUGUCGGAGUGGCUGGGUUGGCCCAAAUGGAGGCAUCACCAACUUUGAUAACUUUGCCUUUGCCAUGCUCACUGUGUUUCAGUGCAUCACCAUGGAGGGCUGGACGGAUGUGCUCUACUGGGUAAAUGAUGCGAUAGGAUGGGAAUGGCCAUGGGUGUAUUUUGUUAGUCUGAUCAUCCUUGGCUCAUUUUUCGUCCUUAACCUGGUUCUUGGUGUCCUUAGUGGGGAGUUCUCAAAGGAAAGAGAGAAAGCUAAAGCACGGGGAGACUUCCAGAAGCUACGGGAAAAGCAGCAACUGGAAGAGGAUCUCAAGGGCUACUUGGAUUGGAUCACUCAGGCAGAAGACAUUGAUCCUGAGAACGAGGAGGAGGGUGGAGAAGAAGGCAAACGCAAUACUAGCAUGCCCACCAGUGAGACUGAAUCUGUGAACACAGAGAAUGUGAGUGGCGAAGGCGAGACCAAGGGCUGCUGCAGAAGUCUCUGGUGCUGGUGGAAAAGAAGAGGCGCAGCCAAGACGGGCCCCUCUGGGUGCCGGCGGUGGGGUCAAGCCAUCUCAAAAUCCAAACUCAGCCGACGCUGGCGUCGCUGGAACAGAUUCAGCCGUAGAAGAUGUCGGGCUGCUGUGAAGUCUGUCACGUUUUACUGGCUGGUUAUUGUCCUGGUGUUUCUCAACACAUUAACCAUUUCCUCUGAGCACUACAAUCAGCCCGACUGGUUGACACAGAUUCAAGAUAUUGCCAACAAAGUCCUCUUGGCCCUGUUCACCUGUGAGAUGCUGAUAAAAAUGUACAGUCUGGGUCUCCAGGCAUAUUUCGUGUCUCUUUUCAAUCGGUUCGACUGCUUCGUGGUAUGUGGUGGGAUUACCGAAACCAUCUUGGUGGAGCUGGAAAUCAUGUCUCCUCUGGGGAUUUCUGUGUUUCGGUGUGUACGCCUCUUAAGAAUCUUCAAAGUGACCAGGCACUGGACUUCUCUGAGCAACUUGGUGGCAUCCUUGUUAAACUCCAUGAAGUCCAUCGCUUCACUGUUGCUUUUGCUUUUUCUGUUCAUUAUCAUCUUUUCCUUGCUUGGGAUGCAGCUGUUUGGCGGCAAGUUUAAUUUCGAUGAAACGCAAACCAAGCGAAGCACUUUUGACAACUUUCCCCAAGCGCUUCUGACAGUGUUCCAGAUUCUGACUGGCGAAGACUGGAACGCUGUGAUGUACGAUGGCAUCAUGGCAUACGGAGGCCCGUCCUCUUCAGGAAUGAUUGUCUGCAUCUACUUCAUCAUCCUCUUCAUCUGUGGUAACUAUAUUCUACUGAAUGUCUUCUUGGCCAUUGCUGUAGACAACUUGGCUGAUGCUGAAAGUUUGAACACUGCCCAAAAAGAAGAAGCCGAAGAAAAAGAAAGGAAAAAGAUUGCCAGAAAAGAGAGCCUAGAAAAUAAAAAGAACAACAAACCUGAAGUCAACCAAAUAGCCAACAGUGACAACAAGGUUACAAUUGAUGACUAUCGAGAAGAGGAUGAAGACAAGGACCCUUACCCACCUUGUGAUGUUCCGGUAGGUGAAGAGGAAGAAGAGGAGGAGGAGGAUGAACCUGAAGUUCCUGCUGGUCCUCGUCCUCGUAGAAUCUCAGAGUUGAACAUGAAGGAGAAAAUCGCCCCCAUCCCUGAAGGGAGCGCUUUCUUCAUUCUUAGCAAGACCAACCCGAUCCGUGUGGGCUGCCACAAGCUCAUUAACCACCACAUCUUCACCAACCUCAUCCUCGUCUUCAUCAUGCUGAGUAGUGCCGCACUGGCCGCCGAGGAUCCCAUCCGCAGCCACUCCUUCCGGAACACUAUACUGGGUUACUUUGACUAUGCUUUCACAGCCAUCUUUACUGUUGAAAUCCUGUUGAAGAUGACCACUUUUGGAGCUUUCCUGCACAAAGGAGCUUUCUGCAGGAACUACUUCAAUUUGUUGGACAUGCUAGUUGUUGGUGUGUCUCUGGUGUCGUUUGGGAUUCAAUCCAGUGCCAUCUCUGUCGUGAAGAUUCUGAGGGUCUUAAGGGUCCUGAGGCCCCUUAGAGCAAUCAACAGAGCCAAAGGACUUAAGCACGUUGUGCAGUGCGUCUUUGUGGCCAUCCGGACAAUCGGCAACAUUAUGAUCGUCACCACCCUCCUCCAGUUCAUGUUCGCCUGCAUAGGGGUGCAGUUGUUCAAGGGGAAGUUUUAUCGCUGCACAGAUGAAGCCAAAAGUAACCCUGAAGAAUGCAGAGGGCUUUUCAUCCUCUACAAGGAUGGGGAUGUCGAUAGCCCCAUGGUCCGUGAAAGGAUCUGGCAAAAUAGUGAUUUCAACUUCGACAAUGUACUUUCUGCUAUGAUGGCGCUCUUCACGGUCUCCACCUUUGAGGGCUGGCCUGCGUUACUAUAUAAAGCCAUUGACUCAAAUGGAGAGAACAUUGGCCCGGUCUACAACUACCGCGUGGAGAUCUCCAUCUUCUUCAUCAUCUAUAUCAUCAUUGUCGCUUUCUUUAUGAUGAACAUCUUUGUGGGCUUUGUCAUCGUUACAUUUCAGGAGCAGGGAGAAAAAGAGUAUAAGAACUGUGAGCUGGACAAAAAUCAGCGUCAGUGUGUUGAAUACGCCUUGAAAGCACGUCCCUUGCGGAGAUACAUCCCCAAAAACCCCUACCAGUACAAGUUCUGGUACGUGGUGAACUCUUCGCCUUUCGAAUACAUGAUGUUUGUCCUCAUCAUGCUCAACACACUCUGCUUGGCCAUGCAGCACUAUGAGCAGUCCAAGAUGUUCAAUGAUGCCAUGGACAUUCUGAACAUGGUCUUCACUGGGGUGUUCACUGUGGAAAUGGUUUUGAAAGUCAUUGCAUUUAAGCCUAAGGGGUAUUUUAGUGACGCCUGGAACACGUUUGACUCCCUCAUCGUAAUCGGCAGCAUUAUUGACGUGGCCCUCAGUGAAGCAGACCACUAUUUCACUGAUGCAUGGAACACUUUUGAUGCCUUAAUUGUUGUUGGUAGCGUCGUUGAUAUUGCUAUAACUGAAGUGAAUCCAACUGAAAGUGACAAUAUCCCUGUCCCAACUGCUACACCCGGGAACUCUGAAGAGAGCAAUAGAAUCUCCAUCACCUUUUUCCGUCUUUUCCGAGUGAUGCGAUUGGUGAAGCUUCUCAGCAGGGGGGAAGGCAUCCGGACGCUGCUGUGGACUUUUAUUAAGUCCUUCCAGGCCCUCCCAUACGUUGCCCUCCUCAUCGCCAUGCUAUUCUUCAUCUAUGCAGUCAUCGGCAUGCAGAUGUUUGGGAAAGUCGCCAUGAGAGAUAAUAACCAGAUCAAUAGGAACAACAACUUCCAGACGUUUCCCCAGGCGGUGCUGCUGCUCUUCAGGUGUGCUACUGGUGAGGCCUGGCAGGAGAUCAUGCUGGCCUGCCUCCCAGGAAAACUGUGUGACCCUGAGUCCGAUUACAAUCCCGGAGAGGAAUACACGUGUGGCAGCAACUUUGCCAUCGUCUAUUUCAUCAGCUUUUACAUGCUCUGCGCAUUUCUGAUCAUCAAUCUAUUUGUGGCUGUCAUCAUGGACAAUUUUGACUAUCUGACCCGGGACUGGUCUAUUCUAGGGCCUCAUCACUUAGAUGAAUUCAAAAGAAUAUGGUCAGAAUAUGACCCUGAGGCAAAGGGAAGGAUAAAACACCUCGACGUGGUCACCCUGCUCCGACGCAUCCAGCCUCCUCUGGGCUUUGGGAAAUUAUGCCCACACAGAGUAGCAUGUAAGAGAUUAGUUGCCAUGAACAUGCCUCUCAACAGUGAUGGGACAGUCAUGUUUAAUGCGACCCUGUUCGCUUUGGUCCGAACAGCUCUCAAGAUCAAGACUGAGGGGAACCUGGAACAAGCUAAUGAAGAACUACGAGCUGUGAUAAAGAAAAUCUGGAAGAAAACCAGCAUGAAGCUACUUGACCAAGUUGUCCCUCCCGCUGGUGGAAAUUCAAGAAACGGAAAGAACAAGGACUGGUGGGAAAAUACCCUGCGAAGAACACCACAAUUGCCCUACAGAUGCUUGAACGGAUGCUUUAGAGUUUUCUCCCUGAGCUACGGCACCACGCUGGUUAGUCGGAAGGCGUUUGUGGCUAAGGCCGUGGAAGGGCAAACCCUCACGUGGGCUUAUUUCUACUGACACAGCAUUUCAGGAGAAAUGCAGUCAAGAGCAAACCCAAGGCCCCGGGGAGGCCCCUUCCAAGCAAGGCACUCCUCUGGAAGGCGGAGCGGGGCCGUGGCUCAUCCGAGGAGCCAUGGCUGCCUGGCGCGGAUACUGCUCACGUGGCUCCUUUUCAUGAAAGGGAACAUACAAGUGUUAAAAGUUUUCCCUUCCAAGCCGUGACUCAGAGAAAGGGAAAGACAGAGAACAAAGGAGAGGGGCAGCUGCCCCACAGAGAAAUGAACUGAACACAACUUUCUGAUGCUGGCCAGUAACAAAAUAAAAAAAAUACAUAUAUAUAUAACACGCAGACCUGCCUAAGGUGGGCAGCUGACUGGUCCAAAGUCCUGUGUCCCUAGUUUGCCCGAACUCCCAAAGACUGGCAGGCCCCUUGGCGCUGAGCUGACAGAGUUCCUUUUAUAUACCAAAACGUCAUGACCUCCUGACCGCCUGGCCAGGCCUGCUGCAGUGACCCAGUACAGAAUGCAGUGAGAAGUGGACAGGCCAGAAAUCUCAGAUACACCCAUUGAAACUAACAUACACCCGCAUGCCAAAACCAGUCCAGGCAACACCUCAGGUUCCAUCUUAACGUGUCCGCGGGAAAUGCCACCAUACCCAACCUCAUCUAACAUUGUUCGUCUUUAAUUCGUGCUCAGAGCCAGUCUGGGGAUGCCUCUUUGGAAGCAGUAUGGUCUAGUUUCAAGGACACCAGGAAUCAGGGAACCUGGGUUCUAAUCCCAGCUCCAGUGUUCACUGCUGCGUGACCUUGGGCAAGACUCUUAACCUCUCUGUGCCUCAGUUUCCCCAUCUGCAAAAUGGGGGUACUAAUGUUGACCUACCUCACAGGGCUGUUGUGAGGAAUAGCUAAGUGAUUGUAAAGCACUUCGAACGUAUAAUUGCUUAUUAUUAAGACUUCAACAAUAAUAAUAUCAUAUGCCUGUUUACUACCAGAACUUUAAGAAAUUCUUAUUUUCUUUUUAUCUCUUUUCUAUUCUGUACUGUAGUUAUCCAUUGAAAAAGAGGAUUUGCCCCUUUUAAAGCUACUUAAGCAGUGCACAAAGUGUGUAAGUGGAGCUAAUUCACAUUGAAAGAACAGCAGAUUUUUGCUUGAGCAAUUGGUAGGGGAGGGUACCUGACCUCACACUCUGGGCUGAUUUCAAGCAGGGCUCAAGGAGUCAUCCUCUGAUGCCAAGCCCAGCACGUUCAGUGUAGCUAAAGAGAGUUUUCAGAUCAGUACUGAGUAACCUGAGUUCAAAGGUUGUAAAGAAGAUUAUAAAAAGUUGAAGUCUCUGAAUUGUGUAGAGAAAAGAAGGGCUUACGAUCCCCUUUUACUUGGCCUGGUAUGUGUGGAGCAGAGCAAGGGUGUGUGUGUGUGUGUGUGUGUGUGUUUGUAUGUGUGCACAUGAGUGUGAGCUAGAGAAUGAGGGGAGAAUCAGACUCUGGGCAGCCCUGCCUCUGCCAGAAGCACUCCUUCCUCCAAGCACCUUGGCAGGACGGGAGCCUGGAAGGCCAGGCAGGGGCCCAGCUCCAACUCUGCCUCCACGGGUAUAGACCGUAGCAAGUUUAGGAGCUCACCAUUGGUUUUAUGGCCUCUCAGGGCUGAAUCUGAGGCCCAGCAGCAGUUUUGCUGCUUCCAGCCCAACCCUCUAUGUGUGGGCUUGGGUGUGCUAGGCUGAAGGCCAGGUGGCGUGCUCCUUUAUGGCUGGCUGCUUGGGAGAGGUGACGAAGGCCUGGAUCCACAGCUGUGGGCCUGCGCACCUGAUCUCCUGCACACAUCCCGGCUGCCUGGCUCCUCUUCCACGCUCCUCAAUGAUCCAACAACCAAAGGGCUAAUGCUUGGCCUAGCAGGGGACUUCUGGGACCCUGGUGUGGUCCAGAGGCCCACUUCUGCUCUGACCGGGCAGCACCUGGGUAUGUUAGGGUUCAACAAUCUGUUGAUAAUCACUGUAUUUUUCCCAGAAGGGAAGCCAGCCAGUACUGAAAACACAGGGGAGAAGCUGAGCCACCUACAGAUGAGUGACUGCUGUGUUUGUUUCUGACCCAGUCCAAAGUGAAGGACACUAUGUCCUCAUACCUGACUUCAAGGGCCAGUGUGAGCACCGUUUCUAGAUCCAUGUAUGCCAGAAAAACUAAACAGUUCCAGUAGGUGGGGUUGCACUCAGCUUUCCUCGCAUACCUUACAAAGAAAUAAAAGAUGGAAAAGGGCAGCUUUCUGGAUAGGGUGUCAGGCAUGAUGGAAAGGAACCUAAAGGACCUGCCCCACGCGGGCGUGGCCGUGUUGUUGAGGAGCAGCACGGGCUGGCAGAUCACUAAGGCUUCUGCAUGAAAAAGAGUGAGAAAUCAUAGGGCUACCGCCAUCUCCCACCUGCAAAGGGAGCAAGGCUUUCUGAAGCUGGUUCACAGACGCAGAGAGACCUGUGUCAUUUCUCUUAAAAUUCUGAUGGAAUAGCUGGCUUCCAAUGUCGAGGAAAUCGUAAGACUGCUCAGGUUUAUUUAGAAUCCUCGCAGGCAUACACACAGCAAACUUUGCACCCAGCACCAAAAUCCGAGGUGCUAAACUCUUAAGCUCCUGAAUGAAAGAAGUAUCACAGACCAACAGCUGUCCCAGGAAAGCAAAAGUCAGAUUGGGCAGCAGGCACUACUCAAACAGUACCAAAUGCUAUUGUAUGAUUCAAUUAAAACUAAUCCACACAACUAUCCAUAUUUCAUAUGCUUUCUUGAGAUAGAAAGAUUAUUCUGCUCUGAGAAUAAUAAUUGUUACAUUUAAAAAAUCUUUGAAAAGGUAGAAUUAAUGAAAAAUUAAGGCAAAUUAUACAGUAGUAAAAUAUUAAUUGUAACAUAGUAUUUAAUAAUAUAAACCUAGCAUCCUUCAGUAGCCCAGAUGUAUCAUGGUUCAGUUAUUUACAAGAAGGGCCUUGCUAAAUGUUCAGUUCCAGGGUAGGUAAAUAGAUGCCUGGUAAAUUUGUUCUCCUUGGCAAUUUUAGACCCAAGAAAAGUGCCCGUUAGGAGUAUGAUAGGGCACAUAGUUCUCAGGCAUGGUAAAGAACCCACCAGGGAGUGCCAGUGCCCAUCAAAGAAGCCACGAGGGGCUGAAGUGGAGAAAGGCCAGCAAAAUCACAGGCAAAGGCAACAGGGAUUCUGGUACCCAGGGCGAGGUGGUGCCGCCUGUUAGAGGAUAGGCUGGUUACCAUUUCUCAAACUUUUUGGUCUCAAGGCCCUUUUCUAUUCUUAAAAAUUCUUGAGUACCCUUGUAUAUCUAUAUUUAGUGUCUUAGGAACUAAAAAAAAAUUUAAACACAAGAAUAUGCAAGCACAAACACACCAAGGUAAAAAACAUCAUCACCUCGUGCCCUCUUCGAAAAACCUCACUGGCUUUCGUGAGAGAGAGUGUGCAAGACAAAGAACAUGAAAUAUGUAAAUCACAGUGAUCUCACCCUGAAGACACUUUCAGACACCUCAAGGCUCCUAAAUCAUACCUUAGUACCACUACUCUAGGGGAAUAAUCCAACCCAACACCCACAAAAAAGCAGAGCAUGCUGGAGCCUUUUGGUGGUUCUGUAUUCAAGAAACUCCUGGAUGGUGGGCCUGUCCCUAACUGGAAUCUUGAUCCUGCUCUCCAGCCUGCUCACCCAGACACAGGGCUGCCAGUGCCCUGGUGUCCACCCAUGUUCCGGUGAGGUUCCUGCGGUGUGAGCACAGUGCCCUGUGCUCAUCUGAAGGAAUGGUGAUCUGAGUUAGUACACAGGAGAAACCGUGUACCAUCUUCUCUAAGUGGCACACCUGAGUCUGUGCCAAACCUAGGUCAAGUUACAGUGACGACUCUUGAUCAUCGGUCAUUUCCAUGCUGAUACAGUGACAUAAGAGCACUUCUAUUUAGUCAAAAGGCAGAUAACUUUGAGACUUUCAUGCCCACACUCUUUCCCAGUAGAUACAAGCGACUGUGUCUUGGUGAUGGUCAAGGUGAGAGUUUGGGAGAGGUUCUGCUCACACAGCAUCAUGGAAUUAGCAGGCUUAGUGAUCCUUAGUCCUUGCUGGGCCUUUCACUAGUUUGGGCACAUAGUGUAACCAAACAGGCAUUGUCUUGACCUUCCAGGAUCUGGCACAGUGGAAGUGAACCUGUGGCACACAUGCUGCAGUGGGCUGUUUGUAUCCUUGAAAGCUUUAAAAGGUUCACCAUCCCUGAUUGAUCUAUCAGAAUAUCAGUCAUGGGCUCAUGACGACAGGAGUGUAGUGCUGUCACAAUGGAGUUGUGAUUUACAGCUUCAACAGAGCCUCAACUUUAUGUGUUGCUCUCUCCACUUCCAGGAGACUGGCAAGAAUUGACCUGAUUCUCUUGUUACAAUUACAACCAAAACUCAAGAGUACAGGGGAUGGGGUACAUCUCUGUGGUAGAGCACUUUCAUAUUGUGUGCUCAGAGCCCUGGCUUUAAGUUCCAGCACCAGGGAGAAAGAGAGGAAGAGAAACCAGGGAGGAGGUGAAACAGGUCUCUCAUGAGAUCAUUUUCAGGGAAAGUCAUAGGUUACUUUAAAUAUUUGUGUUUACUUUUUGCCAGGCAUGGUGGUGCAUGCCUGUAAUCCCUGCACUCGGGAGGGUAAGGCAGGAAGAUUGCUGUGAGUUUGAGGCCAGCCUGGGCUGCAAACUGAAUUUUAAGACCAGCCUGAACUGCACAUAUGUAUUUGUUUUUAUAUAUCCCUUAACCAUACGGCCAACUGCUGUUAGUACCAAGGUAACUCGUGGGGGCGGUAUUACCACUGACUUUUCCGUGAGAGUCAGAAUCACUGUGGAUGACUAAUGGAGUGUGUGCCCAUGAUUCUAACCUUUAUAUCUGACACAAUGGACACAAAGGCCACACCAUGACAUUUUCCCUGGAGGAAAGCAAAGGGUGUGUCUGUGUGUGUGGAGAAGGCGGAGGACAGCUGGUGGAUGAGCAGGGUUAUUCUGUAAGAAUUUAAUCUCCAGCUCUUUCCUCUCGUGGAGCUGGUCUAAAAUUGUCCCCCACUAGUUGGAUGCAGGCCAACCCCUGUGGAAGAGUUAACCAGAAGUUGUCAUUCGCAAGACGACUGCAGGGCUGGGCUUGGCUGAGUGAAGCCUGCCUGCUGAUGGGGAGCAGGCUCUUUGGCUGGAGUCCGCGAGCCUGGCGCCUGCAUCCUGAAGAUGAAUGACCCAGGCCAGUCCCAGCUGGAGGCUUGCCUCUCUUUUCUCCACUGCUACAGUGUAGGUUCAGGGCCAGUCUGUGUGUGUGCAUGUGCAUGCAUGUGCCUGUAUGUGUGUGUGUGUGUGUGUGUGUGUGUGUGUGUGUGUGCAUAUGUAUGCACACUUGCACUGUGGUGCUGAGAGUUGCAGGCUGCUACUGUGUCUGACAGCUAGUGUAGGGACACAGACAAAAGGCACUGCACAUGCGUGCAGGUAGGAGAAGCUUAACCCUAACAGUGGGCAAGAGAAAGGUAAAUGAACGUUCAUAUUUGAUGUCAAAAUGCCAUAAUUUUAUGCCAUUGCUUUGGAAAUGUUUAGAGAGAAUUUCUUGAUUUCUUUUUGGUGACUUAAUCAUUGAGUAGAGUAAAUAUCUAUAAAAUUCCAAUUAAAUGGUGUCUAAAAUUUAAAACAUCAGUCUACAGGCAAAGCGCCAACAUUUCUUUUUUAAAUAAAUAUUUAUGAUAACAUCUAGCAUUUUAAAAUCAACCAGAACCUAGGCUUGAUUCUGUUUAAUAUUUUAUAAGAUUGGACAUCUUAAAACAAGUCAAUAAUGUUUAUAUUUUAUAGCAAUUCUGUGUUUAUUCAAAACCAUAAUUCUACUGUGAUGUUAAUGGAAUGACUUUUUACGGCUUUGUGUUGGUUUAAGUGCUGAUGACUACAUUUCAAAUCAAAAUAAUAUUUUGCAGAGGUAGACGCAGACAUGAAAUAUGAAAGAAUGAUAAUUUCACCGAUUGUAAAGUGUUUAUUUUGUGAGAAAAAAAAUGUUAUUUUUAGGGUUGGGAAAGAACAAAUUUUUUUUCAAAGGUUUAAGUCAGUUGUUUGUACCUUUUGGAACUGAAACUUGUGCCUAUGGAAUUUUUGGAGCAGUCUAAGCUACCUUUUAGCUUGACAUGUGUGCUAGAAAAACUUUGUUUCCAUGUUUUGUGAUAUGUAAUCAAUCCAGGGUGCUGUGCUUCAGCUUAAUUUCAAUUCUAGUUUGGGAACAUCUGUGUCCUCCGCCCUGUGCGGGCGGUGUAUGAGAGCCGUGUCCGUGUGGACUCUUACCAGGCGUGCUUGUCCUACGUGUAACAAGCAAACUAGAACCAUGAUUUCUAAACCUCUGCUUUUGUAUCUGGGAAGAGUGAUGCUUUCUUUCCUCCUCGGAUGUCUUUUUAAUGAGUAUGUUGCUACUUGUCUUGGGAAGUGGUACCUCGGGCCACCUUUCAACCUUCCUCAUGAUUUAUGUUGCAAACCAAUUCCUCUGUCUCAUCUCUGAUUGCUGCACUAUCUUGUUGACUGAAUCUUAAUCUUGUGUAUCACUUGAAGACAUGCUGGAGACAUUUUUUGGCUUUAUUAUGCAAUUACGUUAUAUGUGUAUUUCAGUGAAAUGUCAACCCAUCAACAAAGGAUGAUGUUAAAAAUUAUCCAAAUAAAUAGUUUUCUAUUUCUUUUAAUCAGAGCUAGUCCAGUCAGUUGAAUGACAGUAAAUAGAUUGUCUACUGUUUAAACUUGGAGUGUUCUUGGCCCCUGGUGCCUUUUAACAUGGAUUAACACACGUUCCAUAGUGCAUUGUGAUCCAGGUUUAUUUUUGGAGACACCAACGGGAGUCUAAAGCCUUGUCUCUUCUUGUUUGGGCCUCAGAUAUGUAACAGACCUUUCUUUCCAGUCUACCCAAAAUCAGACAAAAAUCAGAACCCUCGUGUAGCUUACGAUCCUUUGAAAAUUGUACUCUAGGAAACUGAACGAAUGUAUUAUGGGCUCAUCAGUCCUGUUGGGAGCAGGCUUUCUUCAUGUUCCUGCAGCUGGGCUGUGUGAGACCUUCUGCCAGCAUAACUUAGAGUUCCCUUCGUGGCACUGCCAUAGAAUGGCAUGUGAGCCUGCCUCAGAAUCAGAUGACUCCCCUGCUCCAGUGUGCUGGACUCAGAAAACCUGGGAGAGGAAAAGUUCUGUGUGUCCCGUGUGUAUGUGUGUAUCUAUGUGUGUCUUGUGCCUGUGAUCACAGGGCAGAAGAAUGAGAAGCAGCUUCGUGAAUCAUACCACGAACAUGCUUUGACCCUGGUCUGUGUCUGUCUGUCUCCUGCAAGACCAUACUACUUCUAGCCAGGAACUUUAUCACUUAGGCUCCUUGCCCCUCUUUCACCCUCACAGCUCAUGCAACACACAGACCUGCUGUUCUGUUUACAGAAGGGUUCGGGGCAGACUCUGCCUAUCAUCAUCUCAGGGUGGGUGUUCUUAAGAACAGGGCCAUUUUUAUAAAGGGCCCCGGGAAGUUCCUGUACAGUUUUACAUUCUAAAUUAGCAUUACCACCACUAGGUCUGCAUCUGCAGAGGAUCAAUUUUGAGCAUGCUCAUACCAGCAGCCCAGCCUGCCAGUACUGGCGUCACCGUCCCUCCCUUCCCUGCUGUGCACCACUGCCAGGCAUCUGUCCUACUGCGUGGAUGCCUCAGGCAUGGUCAUCGUGCUUUGUCUGUGUCCUUGUCACAGCCACCCACUCUCUAUAAGAUACCGAGGGAAAAGGAUAGGAAAAUGGGCUCUUCCCUCAAGGAGUCUGCAACCAGCUGUCGUUGGCAAACUGCCCUGACACUGGGGCUACAUUGCCAGUGAAGACCCGCCCAGCCAACACCUUAGGUGCUCUGCCAGUUCUCAGCAGCUGAGGAGUCGCUGGUAAAUGAGGAGGUGUUGCCUAGAUCCAGGGCCACAGGCCUGGGCACAGAGGGGGAAUGGGUUGUUUGAAUGCAAGUCUUUUGUGAGAGAGGAUAAAGCGGUUUAACAGCCCCCGUUAAUCUUGAAGUCAGCCUGCCAUUUUCAUCAAACCCAUGGCCAGAGCAGCCUAAUGGGCUCAGAGCUGAGACUGCACCUUUCCCUGCUGCAGCCUCUCAGCACUGCAGAACUUCUCCUAGCAAAGCUGUGAGUCUGAGCAAUGGAAGGGCUUCUCCCAGGCUCUGUUCUAAAGAUCUGAAUGGAGUACGAGAGGCCAGCUGAGAGAGCCUCAGAGGAAAUGCACAGCUCCUGUGAGGGGCCUGGCAGAUCACCCAGUGGGUCAUGUGCCGCCUACUGGCUUGUCGUGGUCUUCAGCAGCAUGGCCCCUCACUGGGCAGACUCCAGCUUGCUGCCAGGCUGCAGGCUGCGUACUGCACAGAGCCAUGGCAGCCCUCCUGCACAGCUGCCAGUCUGUGUACCUGUCUGUCAUUCUGUUGUGGUCCAAGUGUGCUGUGAUAGCAUUGUGCUGUGUCACUUGUUUCAUGAGACAGUGACCGUGAUAUUAUCUGGUCUGCUUGCUCCUCUGGCCCCCUCCUGCUGGGUGAAGGUAGGAGGUGCUUGUCGGCCUCCCUUUAGAAUAGCCACACUAUGCUCCCUCUCCUUGAGGCUCAGGGACCUUUCCAAAGAUUGUCAUUUAGGCAGAGGCCUAUGCCCUUGGCCAUGGCAGACUUCCUACUAGCAAACAGGGAUAUUUGCAGAGGAGGUUACUCAGGAACAGGCCUGAAGCAUUCCAGUCUAAGACCCUUGUGACACCCCAGCCACACCCAGCACCCCUGAGGCUGCCUUCAAUUAUGGUCAGACCACCAUUGGAUUGGACUGUAGAGAGUACUUCUCCCACCCAUGAAUCAGCCAGGAGCAAAUCCAAGCUCCAGGCUGAACCCAGGGCUCCUGUUGUCUAAUCUGUUCUGCCAUUUUCAUUGAUCUAGGCAGGAUUAAGAACACUGCAUGACAUUGGGCCAGAAAUCCGGCGUGCUAUAUCCUGUGAUUUGCAAGAUGAUGAACCAGAGGAAACAAAAAGAGAAGAAGAAGAUGUAUUCAAA